CCCCGCCUGUGAUUUGUCCCACUCUCAGGAAACCAAUGAUUUUGAAACUCCGCAAAUCUCCUUUUUGCUCUUGAUUUCUUCCCUUUUCUGGGAUUUUUAUUUUUAUUUUUUGAAGAGAAGAAGAGAAAAAAAAAAAAAAAAAAGAGAGAAAAGAAAAAGGGGGGUUUUGGAGGGAGUUAUCUUUGUCAGAUUCGAUAUUGUUUCUACAGAGAUUUUGGUGUUUGGAUUCUCCAAGGACAUAUUUUGGAGUUUGUGGAGGAUUAGAGCUGAGAGCUAAUCAGGUUUUGGAGUGUCCGCUUUUGAUGAUUUUCCACUCUUAGACGGUUUCACUUUGCAAAACCAUGGACAAUCCAUACAGUGAGGAUCAUGAUGAAGUAAACAUCAUGGGAUUUGAAGUCCCGAGGUCGCCUGACUCAAGCUACAACAACCCGUUCCCGGGAAUCGAAGACGAAGGGCGGGAUCCACCGACUGUCCCACCCCACCUGCAACACACGCUGCUGAGCUUCCCGCCGAUCAGAGAGGCUUCCUCGGGUGACCUUCCUUUACCUCAGAACGUGGUCCUCAACCAUCUAUACAUAGAGAACAGGGAGGCCCCACGAUCGGUAGUGGCCCUCGGGAUCACUCAUCGCUUCCGCUCGAAGUUUGUUACUGUUGUGCUUUAUAAACCGAUCCCCAGGGGGGGAACUUGAAGAGGUGUGCAUUCUUCCCUUUCUCAUGUGUUUGGUUUAAUGUAGGAAAUGAUAUCCAUAACUCUUGUGAUGGAACGCUGGGGUUCGGUUGACCCACUUAGGAAAAUGCAGUUAAAAAAAGGUUUUAGU